UUGUUAUCUAAAGUAAGAAUAUAGAGUAGUGUGAAUGAGUAUGCUGAACAGUGCUUAGAUUGUUUAGAGUGCGACAUCGAUUAUUUUUUGUGUUAUAACCGUCUCUAUAAAAAGAAAAUUGUAGGCGCAUCAAAGAAAAGUUUAUUAAUACGUGAUCUUUUAAAAGAUUUGAUAAUUCAUUAAGUAUUCGGGAGCAAAACUUUAAGCAAUAAUGACCGACAAGAAAGCAUAUCCUGUGGCUCCUCAUCCACCUACUGGUUUUGUUCCAGCACCAGCUCAACCUGCAACCUAUGGAGUUGCAGGAGCUACACCAUAUGGAGUAUUUCCAAAUCAACCCCAGCUUUAUGCAACGCAAGGACCACCUCCACCCGCGUAUGAUCAAACGUUGACACAUCCAAUGAUGUAUCAACCAAUGUAUGGACAAGGUUAUCCAGGAGGAUACUUAACUGGCUAUCCUGCAGCUUAUGGACCACUUCAGUAUUAUCCACCAUUGGCAGCGGCUGCUGCGUAUUAUCCUGCAGCUGCAAUGCAACCAGCACCAGUGAGACCAACUAUGCUGGUACCAAAUGGUUUUGAUGGCACGCGAUUUGAUGGUAUUUCACAACAAGUUCUACCACCACCUCCACCUGGAGUAGCCGCAAAUGCAGCACAAUUGGCAGCUAUGGCAGGUCACAGUGUUGCCCUUUCACAAAAAAAGAGCUCGUUCUUAGGAGGUGGAACAGAAGGCGGCUAUACAUUUUGGUAAAUUAGCAGGAUACCCUGUAAAAUUAACAGCUAAUGCAUAAAAAGCAAAAACCGUAAAAAGAAGAAAAAACAAAAAAAAAAUAAUUAACGUUAAGUGAUUUAGCCUCCAAAUUACUUAUCGUUAAAUCGUAACUUGUAAUUAUCUAUGUAGGCAAAUUUAUUUGAUAUUUAUAAUGAUGUAUCAUUGUCAAAAAUAAUGGAAUAACUUAUUUUAUAUAUUUUUUAAUGAAUUUCAAAACUAAUUCAUCAUGAUCAUCUAAUCAUUGGAAUAAUCAAAUCAAGUUAAAUUCUAUCAUGUCAAACCAAAUGCAUUUACAUAUAUAUUUUCAACGAAUUCCAGAACAUCGAACGAUAGUUUUUACAAAAUUUUUUGCUGCAUUUUUUCUAUAUUUUAACAAUAUAUUAAAAAUUAUUUAUUAUUUGACCUUAAAAAUAUACUUAUUGGAUACUUAUAAAUUAGUGAAAUAAUAAAUAAAAAUGAAGUAUUAAAUUUUUUUGCUUACAAAGAUAAUACAUUAACGGAGUUUUUAGUAAAUGAGGAAUUCCUCUAGGUGACUUAGGAGAAAUUAAGUCGCUGACAAGAAAAGUAAUUAAUAAUAAUAACGAAAAGAACUCGAUUGUACUAAUAAAGAAAGCGAAUUCAAAAAAAAAUCUUGAAUCUCUUACCAAAAUUUUGGGCUAUUCGCAAUAUUUUUUUGACGAUUUGCCCUGGAAAUUUCAGGAUGAAGGUUGUGAGUGUAAAACAAGAGUAAAAGAUCUUAAGAAAAAUAGAAUGAAAAAUAAAAAAAAAAUAAAAAUAAUAGGAGAAUGAAGAUGAUGAAAUAAGUAUACUCGACUUUUUCAACUCAGAAAUGAACGGGAAAUAAAUUUUGAUAAACAAAAAAAAAAUAAUAAUAAAACGAAACACCAUACAAAGUGAUCAUAGAGGCAAAUUAUAAAAUAAAAUAAUUAAAGUAAAUCUUUCAAUUUUUAAAUUAUCAUUUUGAUUAUUGAAUUGAACUAAUUCAUUCAAUUCCUCUGCUGAAGUAAGAGUUACAUGAAAAUAUAAAAGUAUAUUUUGGUGCCAAAUAACCGAAAAAGUACUCAAUUUUCCCGCUCGUUUCUCUCUUUACUAAUUGUGCUGUAUUUUUAUUUAUAUAAUUACAAGGAAACACGUAAAUAAAACAUCAAGUUGAUCACAAAAAAUAGUUGAGAAAAAUUAGUCAUUCCUUGAUUAAGUAACAAUUUUCUCAACUAUCACUAGGUAGGAAAGCUAAUGAUUCAAAUGAAAAUUGCUUAAAAUAUUUUGAAAUGCUUUGAAAGAAAGUAACAGAUAAAGUUUGAUAUAAUCAUUGAAUAAAAACAGAUAAACCACGUAAAGACACAUUAAAAGUAUUUAAAAAUUUAAGAUAAAUUUAUUUACGAGGUAUCAAAAUAUAUUUUAGCAAUUUUCUUAAUGAUCUAUUGAUAUUAGGUAAUGUUAAACGAAAAUGAUACCGAUUAUAAGGAAAAAAUCCUGGUGUUUUUUUCUUUUAUAAUCUUGAUUGAAAAAGCAAGAACAAAUAAAAUAUUAUUUAAAUAAUAUAUUGGAUCGAAUAAUUUAAAUUUCAUAUUACUACGAACUGAUAUUGAGGUGACUUUUAUUGACAAAGUUUCUAUAUGACGACAAUAUUUUUGUUAUUAUAGUUGAAUCAUAAAUCAAAUUUCAUUUCAAAAAUAUAUAAAACUCAAACGUGACCAGAUAAAUUUCCUUUAUUAUCUUGACAGGUGAAAAGGAAAUAGUUUAACUCUAGUCCAAUUUCAUUCAUAUACAUUAAUUAAUAAUAAUAUAUGAUAUAACUGAAUUUCAUAUACUUCACUCAACCGUUUCAUACAAAAAAUGGAUCAAUAGAACUUUUUCACAUUCUAUCAUUGUCGUGAUACGUAAAGAUGCAAUCAACGAAGGUUAUUUUAAUUUAUGAGCUUUGUCUGUUUUUAUAAUGAUUUAUUUAAGCGUCACGUUUGAGUGUUUGAUUUCUCUCCGAAAUAUACAUUGCUAAUUUUAUAGAUCGUUUAAGUUAUUUUUAUACAACUGAAAACUAAUUUUGAAUGAAAUACCAUAUUUUUUCCAUUUAAUAUUUUUUGUCAUCAAUUGAAGUGUGUGGUAAUGAAAGUUAAAAACAAGAAUUGCACGAAAAAAAAUAUCAAUUGGCUUUUUUUCGUAUCACAGUUAAAACAAAAGUAAAACCGUAAUAUUGAAAUGAAUAUUGGUUAACUUAUUUGAAUUAUGUGCAAUAAACUAUGAAUUAAAUUAUUGCAAUCCAAACAAAUUACUGUGGAAAAGUAUAAAUUGUAAAAAGUAAAUUGAUUCAUUUGUGGAUCUUACAGUGACCAAUUAAUAAAUACCAUGACGAUAAAA